CAUGCGCAGCCUGGGCUGGCCGCGAGGUGGGACGGCCCGAUUUUUCCGUGUACUACGGUCGCUGCCUCGGGCUCGCUGCCCCUGCUCCCGCCACUCCGAGACUGCUCUGCCGGCGUUAGCGGCGCGAGGGGACGGCACGCGGAGGACGUAGUGUGCGUGCGCGGGUCUUCCCGCAGUCCCAGCAGUUCCCCUCGCGCGGAGUGGGCGGCGGGGGUCAGCAGCAGUCCGGGGAGGCCGUAGACGGCGCCAUGUCGGCGGGCGGCCCAUGCCCAGCAGGAGCAGGAGGGGGCCCAGGGGGCGCCUCUUGCGCCGUGGGGGUCUCCCCCGGUGGAGUAUCCAUGUUCCGGUGGCUGGAGGUGCUGGAGAAGGAGUUCGACAAGGCCUUCGUGGAUGUGGAUCUGCUUCUAGGUGAGAUCGACCCGGACCAGGCGGACAUCACUUAUGAGGGGAGACAGAAGAUGACCAGCCUGAGCUCCUGCUUUGCGCAGCUUUGCCACAAAGCCCAGACUGUGUCCCAAAUCAACCACAAGCUAGAGGCACAGUUGGUGGAUCUGAAAUCUGAACUGACAGAGACCCAAGCAGAGAAAGUUGUAUUGGAGAAAGAAGUACAUGAUCAGCUUUUACAAUUGCACUCUAUUCAACUUCAACUUCAUGCUAAAACUGGUCAAACUGUUGACUCUGGUACCAUUAAAGCAAAAUUGGAGAGAGAGCUUGAAGCAAACAAAAAAGAAAAAAUGAAAGAGGCUCAACUUGAAGCUGAAGUGAAAUUGCUGAGAAAAGAGAAUGAAGCCCUUCGUAGACAUAUAGCUGUUCUCCAGGCUGAGGUUUAUGGGGCAAGACUGGCUGCCAAGUACUUGGAUAAGGAACUGGCAGGAAGGGUCCAACAAAUACAGUUACUAGGACGAGAUAUGAAGGGACCUGCUCAUGAUAAGCUUUGGAACCAGUUGGAAGCUGAAAUACAUUUGCAUCGUCACAAAACUGUCAUUAGAGCUUGUAGAGGACGUAAUGACCUAAAACGACCAAUGCAGGCACCACCGGGCCACGAUCAAGACUCUUUAAAGAAAAGCCAAGGUGUUGGUCCCAUCAGAAAAGUUCUCCUCCUUAAGGAAGAUCACGAAGGCCUUGGCAUUUCAAUUACAGGUGGGAAGGAACAUGGUGUUCCAAUCCUUAUUUCUGAGAUCCACCCAGGGCAACCUGCUGAUAGAUGUGGAGGCCUACAUGUUGGAGAUGCUAUUUUGGCUGUUAAUGGAGUUAACCUAAGGGAUACAAAACAUAAAGAAGCUGUAACCAUUCUUUCCCAGCAGAGAGGUGAGAUUGAAUUUGAAGUAGUUUAUGUGGCUCCUGAAGUGGAUUCUGAUGAUGAAAAUGUGGAGUAUGAAGAUGAGAGUGGACAUCGUUACCGUUUGUACCUUGACGAGUUAGAGGGAGGUAGUAACCCUGGAGCUAGCUGCAAAGACACAAGUGGGGAAAUCAAAGUGUUACAAGGAUUUAAUAAGAAGGCAGUAACCGAUGGACAUGAAAAUGGAGACCUAGGAACUUCAAGUGAAACUCCACUAGAAGAUGGUGCUUCUAAAUUAGAUGAUCUACACAGUCUGUAUCAUAAAAAAUCUUAUUAAAUUGACUGUAUCCCCACUCAAGAUUGUUAAUCAGACUUUUCCGAAUUUGGGGCACUAGGGAAGAUGGGACAAAGACUAUACAAGGUCAAGGGAGGCUGUUCGUUGCCUAAAUGAAAGGCGGGUACCUCAGGGCUUCAUGUGAACAAUUCUAAAUGCAUAACUCCCUGUUUUCUGUGGUAUACCAUAAUUGGCUAUUGCAUGUAAAGCAAUUUUGAUUUUCUUAAAAAAUUGUAAAGCACCAAAGCAUGUGUUUCCUAAAGGGAUGUUAUUGGGCUCUUCAGUACUAAAUGAAGCACUACUGUUUUGGUUCCUUUUCCAUUUAGUAGAAGGAUAGCGCAAACUGAUAUUUUAUAAGAAAUAGCCUUUAAAUACAAGGGAAUAAAUGAAUUUAUAUUAUAUAUUCCAAAAUGUUAAGUGUGGUGUUUCGAAGGACAGAACUUGACUCAAUGAAUUACAGAAAUGUAGAUUUGACUUAAUUUUUUUUAAACUGAAAGAUGGUUUGUUUGUUUGUUUUUUUAAAUAUAUUUUGCAUCCCGAUAUCUAAAUCAGUUCUUAAUGAUUACUUAUUGUAAUAAGUUUGCCUUUCAGUUUUAUUCAGUGCAGUACAAAAUAGUUUUGUUUAAGCAAUCCUUUAUCAAUCAGUGCUGCACUAGAAAUAGUUUCCGAAAAGUAAUGUACAUUGUACUUUUCUGGUUUUUAAAAGAAAUGCAGAUGGAUGUGAAAUAUCUGUUCUCAAUUAUGUUGAUCUGUGUGCAUGGUAUUGAAGCGUUACAUUAUUAAUGUUUAAUCUCAAAUGUUUUUUUUCUAGGAUCCACAAAAGACAGUUUUAUACAUUUUGAGUUGUUCAUAAAACUUGUCUUGAUGUAAUUGUCCUGGCACUCAAAAGAUACAUUUUUCUGGCAGUAAAAGCUCAAAUUUAUUACUGUGUUAACAAAACACAUUGCAUUAAACAGUUUUCUCUGAAAGUAACUGAUUUGCCAGUCAUCUAAAAAGCUGCGGUACUGGUGGGAAAGAUAAGGUGAAAACCUUUUGAUACAGUAAUUGUUCUGGUUGGCUUUUCAUGUCAGUGUAAGUUUGGCUAAAGUGCUUUUCAUAUGUGAACUACAGAUUUGCUAAUUCUGUUAUCCCAGUAUUAAGCAUGGAGUACUUGUUCUUAUUUACUGUUCUGCAGGCCACUGUACCCUGUGAGAAAGUGAAAAUACUGUUUUAAAAGGGGUGAUAGUUUUUGCCAAUAUCACUGUUUUAAAGGAUAGGCAUUUAAGAGAAUAUUAAGUGGGGGAAAGCCUACAAGGCUUUCAGAGUAUUAUCAGUUCUUCAUUUCUAAUAUUCAGAUGUAAUGCGAUAUACAACACAUUUUGUUGUCUUUCCUAGAUGUACUAUAUAUUUCUUCAUAGGUAAAUCUAUAAAAUGUAUAUACUUUAUUUGAUGGUUUUGCUAUUUAUAAAUUUUAUGUUUUAACUAUUGCUCAUUUAUGGUUUGUUUUGGGUGGUUUUGUUCAUCUGUUAUGUCACCAUGUUAAUUUGUAAUAGAAAUGUACUUCAUAGUAUAUAUUGUUACUGAUAUUAAAAUACCUUGUAGGAUAAUAUUGCCUCUAAGCAAAAGUUAGUAUUUAAUUGCACAACUGAAUAAGCAAGCUACAUGUUAUUGUUUGUUCCUGACAUGCUAGGCUAGGCCUCUUAAAAGAAAAAAAAUGUUUUUCCUUAUUCAUUCCCAUGCAUGACAUGAGAUCUGCAAACUAGAUUUUAGCUAGUGUAUUUAUUUAGCCAAAAGAUUUAUAUUGUAGCAUAUCUGAAAACUUUUUGGUUGUGACUUGAAACCACAUUUUAUCUUUUUAAAACACAGUCCAGAAUGGGAUGACCAUGACAUUUUUUUCAGAGAAUGUCUUUUAUCUACUGUGACUGAAUUCUUAGGAACUAUUAGCUAAAACCUUUUGAUUUUUAAGACCUAUCUAAUAAGUUUAUAAAGAAUUUUUUUAGACCUUUGAACUGGCAUAUCUAUGAGAAUGAUAUGUAAUAUAAACGAUUGUAUGAAAUGGUUAUGAUAUAACUUCUUUCAAGGACCUGAUAAGAAGAAUAAAAAAAUUUCUGUGUAGUUUAAAAUUUAAAAUUGUACACACAGGUCAGUUCCCUUUUCAUUCCUGUUUAACCUUGGUUUACAAGCCUACAUGAGAGCACUAUUGCUCAGAUGCUACUGUGAGCAUCCUGUUAGAUGUUUAAAAAGUACCCAGUUAAAAGUUUAUUUCAGAAUAUAUGAUUUUGGGGGGGGAUGAACUAAGAAUUAUAGACUUUUUCCAAAGGACUAAAUGAGAAGCAGUUUUUAUAUUUUCACAUUUAUAGGAAACUCAACAGUCAAGUUUUUAGGACAAAACCAAACAGAUAAGGAGAGAAUUGUUGCAUAGCUGUUACAUUUAAAAAGGAAAAAGUAUACAAAUGCACAUACGCACAGUAGCUGAGAAAAAAUUUUCAGUAAGGUAUAAGGGUUGUGUGUGUGUGUGUAUAUAUUUACAUGUUAACCUCUAAAUUCUUUUUUUAUAGUAUCUGUUGUGAAUAUGAUGGAAAAACAACAUUUGGGUUAUGAGACAUGUUAAAUUAGAUUUAAGAGAGUUGAAAAUUUUGUGUCUUGGUAAUUAUAACUGAACAGUUGCCAAAAGUUAGCACAGCUUGUCUUGGUGCUGGUUUUAUUCCUCACCCCACCUCCACAGUGGACUAAUGUUUUCAUGUUUAAGCUGCACAUUAUUUGAUAUCCUUAUUAUGUAAUCCAUUAUCCCACCUAUCCAGUCUUCCACUUAGGUAGGCCUCACAUCUGUAGGAUUUAUGACAAAUGUAUUAUAUCUAGUUAAGUUGAGUUUAAUAUUUUUUUAUUAGCCUGUAAAUAAAAAUGGCAUCUUCUACAUGAAAAUGAUAUUGAUCUCAUUUUUUUAAAAGUAAACUUUAUCUUUCACAUUUAA